CAGCGCGACCUGUCAAAAGCUGCGUUCGCCGUCGUCACUUUGAAACGGCGUGCCUGCGUCGAGCAGUCCGCUCUCACCCUUUUCCCUCUUGCUGGCGUCGUGUGCAUAGCCUGCGUUCGUGCUAGACCGUCUCCCGCCGCGAAGGAGCCGCUCCACACGCCCAUCGGCCCUUUUUCCAUUCCAUCCUCUCGCGCAAUGUCGUGAUGCUCACGUGCUAGGCGCCUGCCGCUCAGAUCGGAUCUCGCUUGCCCACAUCCUCGCCUUUGCAUGGCCCUGGAAAAGCAGUCGUGGAUGCCAUCUCCGCUGGCUGGGAAAAUCCUCAGCUUCGCUCCAGAUUUUGGUGUGGCAGAGUGGCACGUCUUUGCUCUGCCGGAUCGCUCGUCUACGCUUCGGUACAUGGGUUCAACUCGGCAACGUCAACAUCUCAACCCCCGCAUUCGAGGGGUAACUAGAGCCCAGCCUGUUCGCGCUCCGCAAGUGCAGCGGAGAGAAGCGACUAUAUACUCAUGCCUUAUGUUCGUGAAGCGCUCUGUAAGCCGGCGCGGCGUCUUUGCCUUGCGAAAAUUCGACCCGUUCCCUUAGGAUUCCUUCUCCAUCGUAGCCGUGCACAUAACUAAUAGAGCUGCCCAUUAACUUGCCACCGUUCGCACCAUGGCCACUGGCACACAGGCGCCCUUCAAGAUCGAAGGCAAAAGAGCGUGGAUCUCGGGCGCCGGAUCCGGUAUCAACUACUGCCUAGCCAAGCAGCUGCUCGAAAGAAACUGCUCCGUCCUCAUCGCGGAUCUGUCUCUGCGCCCCGAAGCGCAGGACCUGGUCGACAAGUACUCUUCCCGCAGCGGGCCCAGGGCCGUCUUCCACAAGACAGACGUGGCCGACUGGACCCAACUCCAGGCCUCGUUCGAGGCCGCAAAGAAGGAGUUUGGCGGCCUCGACAUCGUCGGCCCCGGCGCGGGCGUGUUCGAAGAGCCCUGGAGCAACUUCUGGAUCCCGCCGGGCUCCAAGGGGACGCGCGACACGAUCGAGAGCAGCCGGUACAAGACGCUCGACAUCAACAUCACGCACCCCGUUCGCGUCACGCAGAUGGCCAUCUCGGAAUUCCUCAACCCCCAGGACCCGGCCGACAAGGUCAGCCCCGCGAACCCGAAGCGCGUCAUCCUGACGAGCAGCAUCGCCGGCCAGGCGUUCGGCAUCCCCUAUCCGCUGUACUUCACCAGCAAGCACGCCAUCAGCGGCUUUGCGCGCAGCAUGGGCGGGCUCGAGGCGCCCCUGGGCAUCCGCGUCAACUGCGUCGCUCCCGGCAUCGUGAGGACGCCGCUCUGGCUCGACCAUGCGGAAAAGCUCAAGAUCAUCGACGAGGAGACGGACACAUGGGUCACUCCCGAAGAGGUCGCCGAGCAGAUGAUCCGCCUGCUCGAGGACCCAGAGCUGCCUGGCGGCACCAUCUUGGAGGUCGCCCAUCAGAAGUCGAGGAUCGUACCCCCAUUCAUGAACCCUGGCCCGUCCGGCGUAGGCUUGAGCACGUCGCGCGCCGACCAAGCCGAGGCCGAAACGCUCCAGCAGGUCACCGCGCCGGGAUGGGGGAAGGUGUGAUGGACGCGGCGGAACAAGGCGCCCCUCCAGUGGGGAAGACGACAGGUUUGCAGAUUCGUGGCGACGCGACGAGUGAGAAGAGGCUCGGGCAAGAAAUAUGCUGUGUCAUGUCUACGUGAAGAUGGUUACGACGCGAUUCGGAAGAAAGAUCAUCUUGAGAUUCGCUUGCCAAAUCUCAUCACCUUUGCCAUUUCUUGGCGGUCCAGUUACAUGGCGUUUCUCCCAAC